UGGAGCUGAAUUGAGUGGCUCCCCUUAACUGGGGAGCGUCCUUUCCAAUUCUCCAAAGUCUCCACCACUCCCUAUUGUACCGUAGGCUAUGUGCUUCUCUUGUUGAUGUCACCUGCCUGACCCCUGUAGGCAUUUGAGUUUCUAACUACUGCUUUAGAGGGAGGGAGGAGAAGGAGGGCGUGUUAGGAGACCUUGUUAAUAAGCUUGAUCUUGAAAACACAGCCUGUACUGGGAAAACAUCUCGGCAUGCUGAAUUCUGACAGCCUUCUGUUCCUGGAGGUCUUGGAGCCUGGGACCAGCACGUUGGGGUCUCUGGGCACGAUUGUUUACAGAUGUUACCUGGUUCAUGAAGAAAGCUCUUUUGGGCAGAAACCCAUUUAGCUUGUAGGGACAGAUAAUUUGUAUUAUCAUCUCUGGGAAACUUGAAUCUGGCUUUAAUUUUCUUUCCCCCAAUGAGCCACCCUCAUGACGUGGUUCCCUUCUGCAGGCGAGUUAGAACCAUGCCCCGUCACAGCCAGUCUCUGACCAUGGCACCCUACUCAUCCGUGAGUCUAGUGGAGCAGCUGGAAGACAGGAUCCUCUGCCACGAGAAAACUACCGCCGCCCUCGUGGAACACGCCUUCCGGAUUAAAGACGACAUUGUCAACAGCCUGCAGAAGAUGCAGAACAAAGGAGGAGGUGACCGGCUGGCCAGGCUGUUUUUGGAGGAGCACAUCAGGAACAUAACCGCCAUAGUGAAGCAGCUCAAUCGGGAUAUUGAGGUACUCCAAGAGCAGAUCCGGGCCCGGGACAACAUUAGCUACGGAACGAAUUCUGCCUUAAAGACCCUGGAGAUGCGGCAGCUCUCUGGCUUGGGGGAUCUCCGAGGAAGAGUGGCAAGAUGUGACGCCAGCAUAGCCAGACUCUCUGCAGAGCACAAAUCGACCUAUGAGGGGCUUCAGCACUUGAACAAGGAACAACAAGCUGCAAAACUCAUCUUGGAAACAAAAAUUAAAGAUGCAGAGGGACAGAUUUCUCAGCUUUUGAACAGAGUGGACUUGUCAAUAUCAGAGCAAAGCACCAAGCUGAAGCUGUCCCACAGGGAUAGUAACCACCAGCUUCAGCUUCUGGAUACCAAACUAAAAGGUACAGUCGAGGAACUCAGUAACCAGAUUUUGUCUGCACGGAAUUGGUUGCAACAAGAACAAGAACGGAUAGAAAAAGAACUUUUACAGAAAAUUGACCAGCUUUCCUUGGUUGUUAAGGAAAAUAGUGGAGCCAGUGAGAGGGACCUAGAGAAGAAGCUCAGCCAUAUGUCAGCCAGACUGGACAAAAUAGAAGAGAGUCAAAAGAAGACUCUGGAAGUACAGAGACCAAAGCAGGAAGAGGAGAAGCUGCACGGGCGAAUCGGCAAGCUGGAGUUACAGAUGAGCGAGGACCUGAAGGAGAUGAAGGCAGAAAUUAAUGCUGGGUUUGCAGCCAUCUAUGAAAGCAUAGGAUCCCUCAGGCAAGUUCUUGAAGCCAAGAUGAAGCUGGACAAGGACCAGCUACAGAAGCAAAUCCAACAGAUGCAGAAGCCAGAAGCUCCCAUGUGAAGGGGGUCGGGACAAGGACCUGAAAGGAGGUCUUGCCAGCGGGGCUCGGAGCUCUGCAGCCAGGCUGUCGCCGCAUUGCGGGUCGUUCCAUCCAUGGCAUGCAUGUGCCAAGUAAUGUGCUUUCAUGGGUCUGAAUGUUUACCUUGAGUCUUGAAGACACUUUCCUUAAAAUUAUUAAAUACAAUUUUUACCGUUUUACUUCACAUAUCUAAAUUCAACGGAAUUUUUGUCCCCCGGGUUUUGAAAGACUUCAUUUUACGAAUGAAAAGACUUACUUUCUCUUUAAUGCUCGAUGCUCUAGCCAAGACUGUUUCCUAUUUUGAAAAUGUCAUGGUAAUUUCUUUAAAUCAAGAAAUUAAUGAGUUGUCCCAGGAAUGUUUCUCCUUGCCCUAAAUUUUAAGAGAUUGCCCUGAUAGGUUAAAUUCAACUUUUGAGUCCGUAUUUGGAUUUUAUUAUUGUUGUUUGUGCUUUUCUUAUAUUGGUUAUCUUCCUGUACAUCUUAUGUCUUUUGUAGGGGAAGAAGGAUUUCACAAUUGGGAAAAAACUUAAAAUUUAUGUAAUGAAAAUAGUCUUAAGAAUUGAUAACUGCCAUAUAGAUUGCAAAUGAAAAUGGAAACUUAAGACAAUUAUCCAGAUAAUGUAAGGCACAAUAUCUAUGUCAGCCACCUAAUUGUACUGGGUUUUAAUAUUUAAAACUAUUUUUCAAUUAUCCACAGCCUAUAUAGUGAGAGCCAUAUGUCUACUAAUAGAAUAGUGGUUAACAGCCUGUGUAUUGUACAAUUAACUGUUCAUGAACCAUAAUGGGAUGUAAGAAUUUUUUAGGCUUUAUGAUCUCCUCUCUAAACUUUUCCAAAUUGGCACCAAGUGCUAGGGUCUGUAUACACUUAUCAUAACUAUAUUCUUGUGCCUUGGUUUUAUCAUGUCAACACUCUGUACCCUAGAGAAGUUUUGCAGACAAAAUAGAAGGCAUGAUAAUACAUCAGAAUUAUGAUGUAAAAAUGGGAUCCUAUGUAUUUUUUAAAUGUCCUAAAAUUUUAUCACUGUUCAGAUAUUAAUCGUUUAGUAUUAUUAAUGAGUUAGAAAUUCACACUUUUGUAUAGACAGAGAAUCAAACUGAUAAUUGCAUUUAUAACAACAAACUUCCAUCUUGAGCAACUCUGUAGGUGAUGGGUGUCUUAUUUUCCAUCGCCGUAUCGGAUUAGUCGUGAAAACUGGCACCCUUGCUGUUUGUUCACAUGUGCUUGUAGAAAUUGACAGUGAGACCCACCGUUCUAAACUAUGAGGGUACCCCAGGAAAAAGAAAAACAGGAAUACUUAAAAAAGAAUUUUAAAACACUUUGUUUGCCAAGGACUCAGGAAAAUAAAAGCAUUUUCUAUUUUUAGGACAAAUCAUUAAUGAAAUGUCUAACUGGCUAUUACUGUUUACCCACAUAAAAUAUGCUGCCAGAGUAUACCACAUUUUACCCAUUGAGGAAUGACCUGACAAAAUUAAAAAAAAAAAAAAUGGAUGUCAGGGUUUCAAUGAAGAGCAUGUCCUCUGACGCGUAUUUCCUUUUUUGUCAUGCAUCUUGUCCUCUCUAUAGAGGAAGAAUCUUCCCACUUUGCCAAGAAACAAAUGGUUAUGCUCCCUUGGAAUCAGGAAGUGACUUUCUUUUUGAGCUAGAGUGACCACAUUUAGUGCACUUCUCUGUAUUUGAGCACAAGCCACAGUGUCACCUCCCCCAGCGUCUCUCUCCUUCAGGGUCUCCACGGAGGAAGAGUCGGCACACCUGACACCUGGGAAGAGGGAAACGGGGAACACCAGCUGGACUCUGGCCAAGAGGGUGGGGGUGGUGAUGUGAGCCGGUGACGCCUGGCUGUCAGCUGAAUUUCUCAGGUGCUUCUAAUGUCCCACCCCUGCAGUGAGCUAUGGCAGGGGCUCUCCACCCUGGCUAUAUAUUCGAACCCCAUGGGGAAUUUAAAAAGCUAUUGAUGCCCUGGCUGCACCCCAGACCAAUUAAAUGUGCAUCUCAGAGGGAUGGGGCACCGGAAGGAGUGUGUAUGAAAGGCCCCCAGGUGAUGCAGUGUGCAGCCAAGGUUGUGAGCCACUGAGCUACAGCCUGUCUUAUCACCAAAGUUUAAACAAGGAUCAGCUCCCGUGUUCUUUCCUUUACCAGAAAUUUGCAAUAAAAAGAAUAAAACUACAACAUAAAUGUGGUGUAUGAUUUUUAAAUUAAAAAGUCUGAGUGUGAGGUGAAAACUUAAUUAGGUAAGAUGCCACAGGAAAUGCUCCUCCUUUCUGUGGUUGAAAUAAAAUCCUGAUGUCCUGGCAGGCCCUCUGGGGCUUGGAAAGUCAUUGGGAAUUGCCCUCUCCAUGGGUCUCUGGGGCUGCCUGCCUUCUCUGCUUCCUUCUCGCCUCUGUAAUAACACCAGUGACAUUUCUGGAGCGUGCUCCGGGCCAGGCACUGUGCUUCGCCCCUCGUGUGUAUUAACUCGUUUCAUCCUCAUGACAACUAGUUAAGUACUAGUUUGCUUCCCCAUUAUACAGACGAGGAAACUAAGUCAUCUAGAGGUUAAGUAACCUGCCCAAAAUCCCACGGCUAAUAAGAGGGACCAUGAUUCAAACCUACUUCCACAGUCUGGCUGCCUAACCAGGGUUCUAAACUAUUUCUGAAAAUAUACUCUUGCUUCCUCUGUGACUCUGACUGUCCAGACCACUGAUUCCGGCUCCAUCUCUACAUGACCUUAAGUUUCCACUGUCUAACUAGCUUAGCUUUUCAA